AAUAAAGUGUUACUAAACCCCGGACCCCGCAUUCACUAUAGCCGGCUCUCCCGCGGACCCCGCAUUCACUAUAGCCGCCUCUCCCGCGGACCCCGCAUUCACUAUAGCCGGCUCUCCCGCGGACCCCGCAUUCACUAUAGCCGGCUCUCCCGCGGACCCCGCAUUCACUAUAGCCGCCUCUCCCGCGGACCCCGCAUUCACUAUAGCCGCCUCUCUCCCGCGGACCCCGCAUUCACUAUAGCCGCCUCUCCCCGCGGACCCCGCAUUCACUAUAGCCGCCUCUCCCCGGACCCCGCAUUCACUAUAGCCGCCUCUCCCGCGGACCCCGCAUUCACUAUAGCCGCCUCUCCCGCGGACCCCGCAUUCACUAUAUCCGCUCUCCCCGGACCCCGCACUCACUAUAUCCGCUCUCCCCGGACCCCGCAUUCACUAUAUCCGCUCUCCCCGGACCCCGCAUUCACUAUAUCCGCUCUCCCCGGACCCCGCAUUCACUAUAUCCGCUCUCCCCCGGACCCCGCAUUCACUAUAUCCGCUCUCCCCGGACCCCGCAUUCAC